AUGGUGACACUCCUCAUCGAGGAUCUCCGCAGCGGCCAUCGGGACCCGCAGAUCGCGGAAGUGCAGGUUCAUCUGCGACCACAUGACGAUCCCGAGCACGGUUUCUGGGCCAACGCCAGGGAGAUCUCGGAGCAGCUGCAAGCUGGGCCAUCCAGGAUCGACGGGCCGGCGAGGGUGUUCUCUCUUCGCGGGAAAUAUCGGCAGUUCUUCCUGCGGGUGUCCCCUGAUAACCAAGAUCUUAUGGCUUCUGCGAACCUGGCUGUAGAAAAGGAUAGAUCCUUGGAGGUCUUCGUAGAAGACGUGAGUCUACAGAGCACUAUUUGUUUUGCGAAUGAUUGGGAUUAA